AUGAUAAGCGGUGUGUUGUUGAUGGUGGCUGUGAUAUCAGGCAUAGUGUGCGGUGACACACCAAGACCGUCGGGCGCUCGGGCGACGUUCAAAGACGUUGGCCAGGCUGAGAGGCAUUUGCUGGCUGCACUUGGUAUGAAGCGAAGACCUGUGGUAGACAAGUCUAAGGUAGAGAUACCAGUUGCUAUGCUGGAACUGUAUAACAUGCAAGCGUCCAACGACUUUGACACUACCGGGUUACCUUUGCCCGGUCGUCAUGUAAAAUCAGCAAACACCGCCAGAACGUAUCUUCAUAGAGAAUCUGAGCCAAAAAAUCCCAAGUGUCGGAAAUACCGGAUGCAGUUUGCUGUAGACCCACUUCCAGAAGGCGAAUGGUUAACGGCAGCCGAACUAAGGUUGACGCCGUUACGGAACAGGCCGUCAGGUCAUCCGACUCGAGUUCAAGUGCUCAUUCAUGAUAUCGUUCAACCAGGUGUCCGAGGUGUCUCGAAACCCGUUCUGCGACUAUUGGAUUCGCUGUUCGUGGAUCUCGAAGAAAACGGCGAUGAGGCCGUCGUAUUGGAUGUGACACCAGCGUUGGAGCGGUGGUCGCACCAGGAAAACAAGGGUCGAUUAGACGAGGUCAACCAUGGUUUGCUGGUGGAGACGCUGACAGGAGGUCACGGCCGGGCGCCUAUACCCGAAACGUUUGAGCUCCAUGACGGUCACCGGCCAGCAUUGCUGGUGUACUCGGAUGAUGGUAAGAACAGCAGGCCGGUGGGACCGCCUCGGCGGAAACGGUCGCCUUCUCAGCAACGGAAUGGUAACAAGCGGCGAAAAGACGGUUCCAACGCCGGACGAAAUAUAUGCCAAAGGCAUCCCCUCUAUGUAGACUUUACGGAUGUCGGUUGGGAUGACUGGAUCGUAGCACCACCCGGCUACGACGCUUAUUACUGCCAGGGCGACUGUCCGUUCCCCGUCGCUGAGCAUCUAAAUACCACCAAUCACGCUAUCGUGCAAACCCUGGUGAACUCGAUGAACCCUACCGCGGUGCCCAAAGCGUGUUGCGUGCCCACCCAGUUAGCGUCCAUAUCCAUGUUAUACCUGGACGAAGAUAACAAGGUGGUGCUCAAGAACUACCAGGACAUGCAGGUACUGGGAUGUGGGUGCAGGUAGUCCGACUCUCCGGCUGUCACCACCGCACCAUACUUCAUGCGCACCACAAACACACACACACAUUCACAGCGUCGCCCAAAGAUAUUAUUUUUUUUUUACUAUUAUUUUAUGUGUCUCUCGAAACGAGGCGGUUUUUUCUUUAUUAUAUAUAUUUUUUUUGUUCAUUCUCAUUCGAAGGUUUUUACUAAAUGAUUUAUCG